AACUACAUCAAUAUCAAAAAUCAUUUAAUUAUUAUCUCCAUUGAUUUAUAGAGUUAUUUUAAAACUCUGACAACUUUUUUAAGGAGUACUAACUCUUUGGCUGAAUAGUUCAGAUGAAAAUUUGCAACAGUUUUGGUCAACAGUAGAAAUCAAACACACUUUUCCUAUUCGAUUUUUAAAUGAUUCAUUUAUGACGUCUUUCUUUACUUUGCCAAAUUUAGAACAGUGCCGAAAUGAAACGAUAAUGGUUGUGUUAUCAAGAUCAUCAUCAUUCGAUAUACGUAAUGUUAUCAGACAAACAUGGGCUAGUAGUCAAAAUUCAGCUGCAAUAAAAGCUCAUAAAGUAUUGUUGUAUUUUAUCGUUGGCGUAAUAAAUGAUGGAAAUGUAAUGUUGAGAAUUCUCCAAGAAAAUGAAAUUUACAAUGAUAUUAUUGGUAUUAAUUUUGAAGAUGAAUAUGAUAACUUAUCCUACAAGGUUUAUGCAGCAAUGUACUUUAAAAAUAAAUACUGCAAAAAAGUUGAAUAUUUUGUGAAAGCUGAUGAUGACAUUAUUAUGGAUCCUGAUCGUUUGGAUCAAGUUACUGGGACUCAAGCCGAAUCUGCUACUUUGUUUGGGGCUAUACGUACAAACGAAAGUGUGAUUAGAACAAUAUGGAAUCGUUAUUACAUUUCACAAAAACGUUAUAAAAAGGAAUACUAUCCACCAUAUGCAGCUGGCUUAUUAUAUAUUAUGUCGUCAAAAGCUUUUUCAAAAAUUUGGAAUGCAUUAAAUGAUAUUACGUGGAUAAAGAUUGAAGAUAUAGUGUAUACAGGUAUUGCUGCUGAAAAAGCCAACGUACGACGCGUAGACAUCAGCGAUUGGUACUCAUUUCAAGUCGUACCAGUAAGUUACUCUUUCAAAAUUUACUUUAUUUCCAAAUUUUUUCAGAUGAUAUUAGAGAAAUGGAAUUGUGAUGAAGCUGGCAAGCCAUUAAUUCUUGUUGCUUCAUCGUUUACUACUGCUGACCUUCUUCGACAGUUUUAUGAAAAAUUCAGAAGCUUAAAAUGCUAUGAAUCAAAUUUCAAUGUUUUUCUGUCAGGCAACACUAAAUACAUAGUUUUCGUUGUUUCGAGAACAGCCUCUUUUCAAAUACGCAAUGCUAUCCGUAAUAGCUGGGCCAAUGCUAAGAACUCAACUGUCAUUAGGAGGAAAAUAGCUGUUAUAUAUUUCAUUGUUGGUAUUAUUCCGGACACCAUACUAAUGGAAAAAGUACUGCAAGAAAGCAAAAUCUACGACGAUCUUGUCGUUACUUCAAUUAGAGAUAGCUAUGACAACCUUACAUUCAAAGUACAGUUUAUAAAAAAAGGAAAAGUUUAUGUCAUUUUGGUAUAUGCAGCGAUGCAUUUCAAGCAAGCAUAUUGCAAAGAUGUGCCUUAUUACAUAAAAGUUGAUGAUGACGUUGUGCUCGACUUAGAUCGACUUCAUUAUCAUAAAAUGAUUAUUUCAAAUUUAUCCUAUAUUUAUGGGUCCAUUCGCCGCAGUGAACAUGUAAUUAGACAAAAAUGGAACAAAUACCACAUGCCUAAUAAUCGUUAUCCAUUAAAUUUCUAUCCAUCCCAUGCAAUUGGAAUGAUGUACAUUUUGCCAGCAAAAGCAUUCUGGAAAAUCUGGCGAACACUACCAACAACCAUUUGGUUAAGACUAGAAGAUGUUUUUUAUACUGGAGUAGUUGCAAAGUAUGCGGGCGUUCAACAAUAUAACAUUAACUUUAUGUAUUCUGCAAACAAUGUAAAAAAGUAUGAUAAUACUGAUAAGGAAAAGAAAAUUUUUUUUCAGAGUUUACCAGAACGUUGGCUAUGCAAUUAUUAUAAUACGCCAUUACUUAUUGCAGCCUCUUCUUUCCAAACUCCCUCUGAUCUUAUUAAAUUUUAUCAAAAAUUACGCAAUAUUAAAUGUUUAGGAUAUGAAGUUAGUGAUACUCUUUACUUGACGAACAAAUUGCUUUCUAAUAUAUUUCAGUGA